UAACAGACACAUCCUGCUGACUCAAAGCUCAAAAACGGUGAGGAAAUCAAAUCGAAUCCAGACUCCAACUUUUUCUGUGUGUAGGUGUAUUUGUGGAGCUGCGCUUUAUUGGGAGGUCAUGGCAACAGCCUGGUGUUCUGAGUCUGAGGACCCGUUUCUGUGCUCCAUCUGUCUAGAUAUCUUCACUGAUCCAGUUACCAUCCCAUGUGGACACAAUUUCUGCAAGUCCUGCAUCACAAAGCGCUGGAUUAGCGAUCAGCAGCAGUGUCCCACGUGUAAGGAGCUGUUUGCCAUCAGACCAGCACUGAGGAUCAACACCUCCAUGUCUGAGGCGGCUGCAAGUUUCAGGUCUUCAGCUCAAAGCGAAGCCAGGAGCUACUCAAGGAGAACAUUAGUGGUCCCAGACCAAGUCCUGUGUGAUGUCUGCACUGAGAGAAGAAAGAAGGCAGUGAAGUCCUGUUGGGACUGUCUGACCUCCUACUGUGAGACUCACCUGGAGCCUCAUAAGAGAAUCACAUGCCUGAGGAGUCACAAACUGACCCAGCCAGGGCAGAACCUGGAGGAGGUGGUGUGUGAGAGGCAUGGGAAACCUCUGGAGAUGUUCUGUAAGAUGGAUAAGAUGUUCAUGUGUCAGACCUGUGCUGCGUCCAGUCACAAGAAACAUCAUGUUGUCCCUCUGAUCCAAGAGUACAAAGGGAAGAAGAAAGAUCUGGAGAGAACAGGAGCUCAGCUUCAGCAGAUGAUCCAGGAGAGACUCCUAAAGAUGGAGCAGAUCAAACAGUCGGUGAAGCUCAGUAAGGAGGAAUCAGAGCAAAUGACCGCAGUCGUCAUCAAAAGAUGUGCCGCUUUGAUCAAAUCCUCUCAGAAGAUUCGGAAUCAGCUCCUUGAGGUGGUUGAGCAGAAGCAGAAGAUGACCGAGGAGCAGGCUGAAGGUUGUCUUACGAAGCUGGAAGAGGAGAUCUCUGAGCUGGUGGCGAUGAGCGAUCAGUUCAAGCAGCUCUCACAAACGGAGAACCACUUGUUGCUCCUACAAAACUUCCCAUCGUUGAAGGUCAGCACUGACUGGACAGAUGUCCGUGUUGCCUCCUCCUGUGAUGGGACCGUGAGGAAAACUGCAGUGGAGCUGGAGACACUCAGUAAACAGAUGAAGAAGCUGAGUGCAGAUGUGGAACUGUCUUGGAUGCGGCUGCACGCUGUGGAUGUGACUCUGGAUCGAGCUACAGCUAAUCCAUAUCUCCACGUGUCUGAUGACGGGAAAAUAGUCGGCUGUGGAGAUGUUGAACAGGAUCUCCCAGACACCCCAGAGAGAUUGUCCUUCCUUGGCAUUCUGGGGGAGCAGAGCUUCUCUUCUGGGAGGUUUUACUAUGAAGUUCAGGUCGAAGGGAAAACUAAGUGGGAACUAGGAGUGGUCCGGGGCUCCAUCAGCAGGAAGGGCGAGAACACCAUUUGUCCUGAGAACGGUUACUGGGCUGUGUGGUUGAGAAACGGGCUCUACAGAGCCCUCUGUGGCCCGUCGGUUCCUCUGUUUGUGACGUUGAAGCCCCAGAAGGUGGGGGUGUUUGUGGAUUAUGAUGUAGGUCUGGUUUGCUUCUACGAUGCAGAUGCUGCACUCCCCAUUUACACCUUCACUGGCUGUAAGUUUACAGAGAAACUCUACCCGUACUUCAGUCCCUGUCCAAGAGAAGGUGGGAAAAACUCAGCCCCUCUGAUCAUCUCUCCCAUCCGUCAGGAGCUUUAGACCGACGCUCGCCUUCCUGCUCCAAACUGCACCAAGAAGCCCCUGGCUAUGAAUCAAGAGCAUGGCGAGGGAAGGGACUGGUAUCAGAUGUGUAGUUGUUACCUGAGAGGGACAGAGAGGACAUUUUGUCAAUGUCCUUGACAAAAGUUAUGGUAAGCCAGGGGUGCUCUGGCUCACUGUGAGUGGUUCAAACAUCAGCUUUUCAGCUUUCCUUUAUUCGAACAGCCUACUGAAUAAGAUGGCACAGGAAAGGGAACCACCUCGUUAUUCUCACUUUCACUUUUAUUUCACUGCAGAAGCUAUAAACCAAACCUCAGUCAUACUGUCUAAUUAAAUAAAUAAGUUUCACCCUUUGAGCCGAAUAGCUUCUGUUAAAAUCUGUCUUCUUAAA